AGGCCUAACAAGAAGCUAUUAGAUCGCUACCUUAGCCCUUUUAAAGUCACUUAUAUUAUGUUAAAUAAGUUAGCCUACAAGCUUAAGUUACCUCUAGUAUUUAAAAUCUACCUUAUGUUCUAUAUAUCUCUACUAGAGCUAUACUACUAUAGAGCU